CUUAACUGUGCGACACAUAAAGAUGGAAAGUUGGUCUGUGGAUCAAGUCUGCAACUGGCUGAGACAGAGCAAUUUAGGAGAACUAGUUCCUAAGUUUCGCGAAGAAGAAGUAAGUGGAGCAGCUCUCUUGGCUCUGAAUGAUCGUAUGGUGCAGCAGCUGGUGAAGAAGAUUGGGCACCAAGCAGUGCUAAUGGACCUGAUUAAUAAAUACAAGCAACAAAAACAUGGGCUACAGUCUUUUGCAUAUGUCUGCGAAGCAGGUUUGCCAACCCUUCCAGAGAUCAGUGGUGGAAAUCUGAAAUUAUGUUCUGCAAGAUGUAGGACAUGUUCUUAUACUUUACCAAAUUUUCCUUACGAUGUCAAGAUGGUACUAGGAGAAAAAAAAUACCCUGACCACAGUAUGAGAAUAAGGAUGGUUGACUGUUUGCAAGCAGACAUGACGAAGUACCUAGCAGGAUCGCUGUAUCCAAACAGCCAGCAGUACAACAUUGUUGUCGGGGCUUUGAUGCAGGCAUACCCUUUCCUGAAUGAAGAUGGGAAUGGCUUUUUGGUAUGGAAACAGGCGCUUAAAGAUCGUUUCAAAUAUGUGCGGAGAGCCAUUGAAGAUGAUGAGCAAGUUUUGAAGAACAAAUGCAAGUUUGGCCAUAGGAAAGGACAGAGCACGAAAUCUUCAUCUGUUGAAAACAAACCUAAUGACGUCAAAGCACAGAAAGUGGAAGAACCUGCUUAUCUUGAAGGUGAUGCAAUGUAUGUACACAUCAACUGGCUGAAGCAAGAAUAUAUGAAAACUCUGAGAAACUGGAAAGAAGUGAAUAAUAAAAUGAAUGCAACAAUACAGAUACGAAGGAAGAUGAUCUGCGAUAAGACACCUUUAAAAGACAUUCUUAGACUAUUUCCUUUCUUAAGAUGCCCCUAUCAGCUUUUUAGGGAGUUCCAGCUUCUCACACACACGGAUGUUUAUCAGAAAACAGUUAAGAUUUUGGAGAUUUAUUCAGAAAGCAUAUUAUCUUUAUGUCUGGUGAAGAAUAAUCCAAUUAACGUUAUGCUGCAAGAACAUCUGAAACAGAACACAGAGGAAAACGUUCUAAAAUAUAUGAAGAUGACUGCUGCAUGUUUACUUCUGCCAGAUGUCUUUGGAGAUGACUCCAGUCUGUUUGCUGCAGUGAACGAGGAGGUGAAAGUAUUGACACCAGUGUUGGAAGUUAAAAAUCCCUUCAAUGUGAAUUCAUGCGGGUUUGCUCUGUACAUAGAAAAACAAGAGGUAGCCCGGCUCAGUGACUGCACCACAGCUCUGGCAGCACUGGUGGCUGCAUUUCACGUGUUCAAUAUCCAGUGCCCAGGCAGAAUCCAAAGGACGCUGAAAUUCCUGGUGUCCCUGAUCUUUGAGAUGAACAUCCCUCAAGCAUUCCUCCCAGGUCAGGUAAAAAGAGGGCUAGAGAUGCCUAAACAUCCCAGUGUUUGCUAGUGUACUCAUCUCAGGAACGUUUGGAAUUUUGUCAAAUCUCCUUGUUGUGAAGA